UUCAAGACCAGAUAUCGAGUUCAGUGUAGAAUAAAUGUUCGGAGCCUUCGGUUACGGCUGAAAUGACUGCGUCGGAUAAUUAUAUUCGGAUCGUCGUCGCAACUCGACUCGUUUCGCUGCUAUACUACAGCACUGGCACCUAAAUCACGACAUACGCGUCCCGCGUCCGAGCGUGUGCUACAAUCUGCAUCCGCGUUUGUGCAUAAAUAUCGGUUUUUUAAAUUCAAAUUGGUGCCACACGCACAAGUCAUAAUACAGUUAUUAUAAUAAAUUACACAUCACUCGCAGGACUGCCGAUCAUGACGUCUUCCGGUGGAAGUUGCGAGUGCUCGUGGUCCGACUCGUCGUUCCUGUCCGGUUCGUGUGGCAACACCGGCGGCCUGGCGUUCUUCAUGUCUUUGGUGGACCUAGUGAUCCGGUCACAGUGCUCGGUGACGGACCCGUGCCGUCGGGCCACCGGGCGCCGGCAGUUCCCGGCCGGUCCAGUGUACCCGGAGGAACUGGACUUCGUGGUGGUCGGCGGCGGCGUGGCCGGUUCCGUGGUAGCGUCCCGGCUGAGCGAGGUGGCCGGCUGGACGGUGGGACUGCUGGAGGCCGGGCCCGAGGAGCCGUCGGCCACGUCGGUGCCGGCGUUUGCGUCGGCCGCAAUGGGCACCGAUCUGGACUGGCGGUACCUGACCGAGCCACAGGGUAACGCGUGCCUGGGCGCGGGCGGAAUAUGCGCGUGGCCGAGGGGCAAGAUGUUGGGCGGCACGGGGGCCAUGACGGGCAUGAUGUACUCGAGGGGCCACCGGCGUGUGUACGACGGGUGGCGCGAAUCGGGGGCAGUGGGCUGGGGCUACGACGACGUGCUGCCGUACUUCAAGAAGUCCGAGCGCAACAUGGACACCGACAUGGUGGAGCCCGAGUACCACGGGUUCGACGGCCCCGUGUCCGUUCAGCGAUUCGCUCACCAUCCCGAGAUGGCCGAGUCCAUCGUGCAGGCCGGCGUCGAGCUAGGCUACAGGACAGGUGACCUCAACGGACACAAUCAAACAGGAUUCUCCAUAGCUCAGGUGAUGGUGCACGGCGGUCUGCGGAUGAGCACUUCGCGAGCGUACCUGCGGCCUGCCCACGACAGGCCCAACUUGUUCGUGAAGAUCAACAGCCGAGUUACCGGGUUGGUGUUGAACAAGCUAAACAGCCGCGUGCAGGGUGUCAAGUACGUGGACCAGUACGGUGAGCACAUGGUGCGCGCCCGGAAGGAAGUGAUCCUGUCGGCGGGUGUGGUCGGUUCCGCGCACUUGCUCCUGGUGUCCGGCAUUGGACCGGCUGAGGAACUGCUCCGGGCUGGUGUCACUGUUUUCCAGGAUCUACCGGUUGGUCGGAACCUGCAGCACCACGUUUCUGUCAGCGUCGCUGCCACCGUGAACGCGUCAGAGGAGGCCCACUACCUGACCAUGGACGCGGUGUCCGAGUUCUUGGCCACGCGCACCGGCCCACUGGCCAGCACGGGACUCACGCAGACCACAGGAUUUUUGACCACCUCAUACUCGGUCAAUGGGGUACCCGAUGCACAGGUGUACUUCGAUGGUCUGGCACCCAACUGUGACAAGAUUCCCGUGGAUCCGGAUGGUCCGGCGUACCGCAAGUAUGAGGGUUCGAGGGCGUACGUGUGGGCCAGACCAACGUACCUGUUGACAAGGAGCAAGGGCUACAUCGCGCUGCGGACCGGCAACCCGUUGGAUGACCCGAUCAUCCAGCCCAAUUACUUCCAAGACCCACGGGACGUGCUGGCCAUGGUGGAAAGCAUACGGGUCGUAUUGGCACUGAUGGACACGUGGGCGUUGAGGAAGUGGGACAUGCAACCGGACACUACGCCAUAUCAGGGAUGCGCGCAACACGUGUACGGCACGGACGCGUACUGGGCGUGCGUGGUGGUCACCGACACAAAACCCGAGAACCACCAUUCGGGAACUUGCAAGAUGGGACCGAUCGACGAUCCGGAGACGGUGGUCGACCCGGAGCUCCGGGUACUCGGUGUGGCCAACUUGAGGGUGAUGGACGCGUCUGUGUUCCCCACCGGGCCCAACUGCAAUCCCAUGGCGCCAGUCAUAAUGGUAGCCGAGAAGGGAUCGGAUAUGGUCAAGCAGACGUGGAGUGCAUAUGCACACGAGAACAACGUGCCACCUUACAAAAAGCCAAGGACGGCAUGAUAAUAUUAUACCUAGGUAGUGAUUAUAGCGAUAUCGUGGACCUGACCCAUGUGGCCAUGUGUGUAUACAUAUAGGACCAAUUCACCUUUAUUUAUUUACUUCACAUUUCUUGGAUGAUGUGAAGGUAUAUUAUCGUAACGUACAUUAAGUAGUAUAUUACCGAGACCAUCAAUUUCGGCAAACAUACGUCACGUUUUAACUUUAAGUGUAUAUUUAUUUGUGUUGAAAACAGAAAAAUAAAUCCUCAAUGUAAAAAGUGUUUUAA